ACUCACUUCUUGCUACCACUUUCUCCCUUUUUUCCCGGUGAUCUGUGUGUCUGUCUGCCUUGUGGGAACUUCCUCCAAGGGGUUGGCCACAGAGAAAAUGUCUCCAGCUCUGUCAACUCUCUCCCUCCAUUACUUGUCCAUUGAUCCAUUGCACCCUUGAUGUCCUCUCCCCAGACCCCUAUACACACUUCACAAAGUCAUCCUCUUUCAGUCACACCAGGCAUCUCAACCAUCUCAGAAUGCCUUGCUUCACUCAUCAACCACUCAAUUUACCAUAAGCCAGAAAUUUGUCCCCAAGGCAUGAUGUCCCUUGUUCACCAGGCUGGCAGUGAGAAGCAGAGGCUGGAGGGCCUUGUGAUCCAGGCCAGCGAGGAACAGGAGAUCAAGAAGAGGGACGAGAAGUUGGCAGUGCUCAAGGAGGACAACCAGAAGAAGAAGGAUCAUCUGGCCCAGCUGCAGCAGAGAGCCAGCUUCAUCAAUACAACCAAGGAGAAACUGGACAAGCUCAUAGCAAUGCUGCGAGAGAUCCAGCAGGAAAAGUCAAAGGAGAAGGACAUCCAGGCAGCCAUCCAGAAGAGGGUCUCCCAAGUCACCGAACUUCAGGAGGAGAUCAAGGACCAAGAACAGAGUAAUCUGCAAUUAACUAAGCAGCUCACAGCCUCAGAAACCAAGCUGCAACACAUCCACCAGGCGUGGGACCUCAAGCAGGACAGCCUCAACAAAGAGAUCAAGGAGCAGAAACAGGUUCUCGAGGACCUUGAGCGCAACCAGACGGAGCAGGACAUUGUGUGCAAGGAAGUGAGUGAUGACGUGGCUGACCUGGACGGGCAGAUCAGACAGUCCAUGGAGGAGAUCCGAACACCAACAUCAUGA